CGGUUUACGCUUCGGUUUUAGCCGGGUGGAGCAGCCUAGGCGGUGGCCGGGGCGCGCAAGCGGUCUCGUCAUGACCUGUGGUGGGGGGUCCUGGCGGCCGUUUCCCCACCACGCCGUCCCACCGCUUCAGUCAGUAGUACACCGGAAAAGGGCGUAGACGAACUGCCUCUCGCUUCGGGUUUGUUUGUGUCAUUUUGGUUCGUUUUGUUUUUUUUAAAGUGAGUUGAGGAUGUCUUCGAAGACGACGAAAAAGACCGUGACGACGACCACGUCGGCGACGUCGAGGUCUUCGGCCUCGUCGAAGAAAAGCAUGACGCCCACCCCGCAGUCGUCCCAGGGGCAGAACGUGAGCCCGCUAAGUCCCACCAGGUACAGCCGGCUUCACGAAAAAGAGGAAUUGGCCAAUUUGAACGACCGGCUCGCCUGCUACAUAGACAGGGUACGUCACCUAGAGACGGAGAACUCCCGUCUCACCAGGGAGGUGCGUACAUCCCAGGAGACCAUCACCAGGGAAGUCACCAGCGUGAAAUCCAUGUACGAACACGAGCUUUCCGAGACAAGGAAACUCGUGGACGAACUCUCUAAAGAAAAGGCCAAGCUCGAAAUUGACAUCAAAAGGCUCUUCGAAGAAACUGAAGACCUCAAAAACAAUCUUGAUAAGAAAACAAAAGACUUCAAUAUUGUGCAAAAUAGUCUUAACGUAGCCGAGUCCCAAUUGAUGGAUUUGAAUCCAAAGUAUCAACAAGCACAACAAGAUAAAAAGAAACUCUUAGUUGAAAAUAAGAAUCUUGAAAAGGAGCGUAACAAACUAGCCGCACAGCUGGCUGAAAGUAAAAAGCAGGUAGAAGAAGAAACGCUUUCUCGAAUUGAUAUGGAGAAUACACUUCAGAGCAUGAGGGAAGAGCUUGCAUUCAAGGAGCAGAUCCACCAACAGCAGUUGGUAGAAUGCAGGACAAAAAAACAAGUCGAAAUCAGCGAAUUAGAUGGCCGCCUCGCCCAAGAAUAUGAAGAGAAAUUGUAUCAGAGCUUACAAGAUAUAAGAGAACAAUAUGAGAUUGAUUUGGAAAAUAAUAAAGAGCAAAUUAAGGUUAUGUGCGAGGAGAAGGUUAGAAGCUUGUCAAGCCAGUUGACGAGAAACACAAACGCUGCAUCUAUGGCAAUUGAAGAGAUGAGACAAACACAGCUUCGCGUUGAGACUCUUAACAAAAAAAUGGCCGAACUUGAAGCCGAAAAGAAUUUGGCAAAUCAACGUGUCAGAGAUUUGGAGAAACAGCUUGAAAACGCAAAGGGCCAGUACAUUGAAGAAUUUGGAAAAUAUGAUUUGGAGAUUACCAGAUUGAGGGAAGAAAUGGCUCAUCAAGUGCAAGAGUAUCAAGAUUUGAUGGACAUCAAGGUAGCACUUGACAUGGAAAUUGCAGCUUAUAGAAAACUCCUUGAAGGAGAAGAAGCAAGGUUGAACAUAACGCCCGUCGUAUCUCCGGCUGCUAGGCCAACACCGAGAAGAAUCGCUCGUGCUAAGCGCAAGCGAGAAUACUUCGAGGAGACUGAAGAAACCUCUGCUAGUGAUUAUUCUGUUACUUCAACAUCUAAAGGGGAUCUUGAAGUUUCAGAUUGUUGUCCUGAUGGGACCUACGUGAAAAUAACAAAUAAAGGAAAUAAGGAGUUGUCGUUGAGCGGGUGGCAAGUUGUUCGCAAAGCAGGCAACGAUUCUUCGACCUUCAAGUUCCACCGUACUGUUAAAAUUGAACCAGGGGCUGUAAUUACUAUUUGGUCUUCAGGCAGCUCUCACGAUCAUGAUCCUCCAUCUCAUCUGGUGAUGAAAACCCAAAGAUGGGUCGUUUCUGACAAUAUGGCUACCAGCGUCAUCAAUCCAGAUGGAGAAGAAGUUGCUGUUGCAGAGCACAAAAAACAACAGCGUUCUUCUAUGGUUUCUCAUCAGAGAGACUCAGGUGGCUACUUUCCACAAAGAUCAUAUCUUCCUCGGUCCCAGUUCAGACAGGGAGAUGCAACCUCUGGUGUCUCUGAAGAAAGGUGCUCGAUAAUGUAAUUUUAAAUCAAAUUAAUUAGACAUAGACUUAAUGUGACAAAAGUGCACAUAAAAUUGGAAUCUUCCUUUUCUUUUUAUUUAAAAAUAUAUAUAGUUUGUGUUGAUAGGUUUAUUUAAAAAAAAAUCACAGACUUAAUAUUAAUUUUCCUUUUUAUAACAUAAUCUAUGUCAUUCACUGAUAGCAUUAUUAAGGUACUUAAUUUUUGGGCUUUAUUCUUGUAAUAUCAUCUUUUCUUUUCUUCUUCAAAAUUGUUAAAUAUAGGAGCUUUUAUUUCUGAGUAUUGUACGUGUGUUUAAUGUUUCUUUUCAAUUGUAUAUAAAUGCAUAAGCAUAUAAUUGAAA